AGUGAAGUGGCUGCAGCAAAAGCUCCAGGGUGGCCGAUGGAGUGAUGAUUCUCCCUGUGCUGAUGGUGAUGGCGUUCCCGUCCCCGAGCUGGCAAGAUGAUGAACUGAAGCUCAAGAUGGUGCACUACGAAUGUGUGUGUGAAGGCAUGUCCUGUGGGAACGGGGACCGGUGCCAAGGCCAGCAGUGCUUUGCUUCCCUGAGCAUCAAUGACGGGGCUAAGGUUUACCAGAAGGGCUGCUUCCAGGUCUAUGAGCAGGGGAAAAUGACCUGCAAAACACCUCCAUCCCCCGACCAGGCUGUGGAGUGCUGCCAGGGACACCUGUGCAACAUGAACAUCACUGCACAGCUGCCCUCUUCGAAAGGGCAAACCUUUCAAGGAGAAGCUGCAGGCUACAGUAUGGAGACACUAAUCAUCGUUAUCCUGGCUCCUGUGAUAGUGUUGAUAGUUUUUUCUGCAGUAGCAGUGCUGAUCAUCCGGAGAAUACAGAAAAACCACAUGGAGAGGCUCAAUUCUAGGGAUGCAGAGUAUGGCACCAUCGAGGGUCUCAUCGCCUCGAACGUGGGGGACAGCACGUUGGCAGAUUUGUUGGACCAUUCCUGCACAUCUGGAAGUGGUUCUGGACUUCCUUUCUUGGUGCAAAGAACGGUGGCUCGACAGAUCACGCUUGUGGAGUGUGUAGGAAAGGGCCGUUAUGGAGAAGUCUGGAGGGGUCAGUGGCAAGGAGAAAACGUUGCUGUGAAGAUCUUCUCUUCUAGGGAUGAAAAGUCCUGGUUCAGGGAAACUGAGCUGUACAACACUGUGUUGCUGCGGCACGAGAAUAUUUUGGGUAAGUGGGACAACCACGUCCUGUGUCCUGGUGUGGCUGGUGUAAGGUGAGUUACCUGGACAGGG